AUGCCAAGAAUAGCGGAGGAUGUUUUGAAGAAUAUCAGGCAAUACCUCCUUGUGGAAAAUGGUGAUCCUACGAUAGUCAGGGUGGAGAGAGUACAGACUUCGGUUGAAGAAGUUCAGAAGAAUCCGAUGUCUCAAAAGACUAUUCUCAUAUUGGAGCCUGCACCAAUAUUCUCACACAAUGUUAACAAAGGAAAAGGCUUGGUUUUUGAGUAUGAUUCGACUUGUUCUUCUUCUCACAAGAAAGUGAAGCCCUCUCAGGACUCAAAGUUGCUUAGGGCAGCUAUGGAUGCAGGAAAUGCUAUGAGCUCGAAAUCACAGGCUAUUCAGACGGCUACUGAUCAUGGUGGUUUCAGGCCUAUUGAAAACUCCUUUUCCGUUGGUUCUACGGUUCACAGAGUUGGCUUCAAUGAACCCAGUUUUUCCGGAACCAAGGGGAAAUGGUAA